GUUGGGGUGUGAACUUGUGUUGGCCAUGCAUUGGCAGUCUACAAGAGCGUCCCACUGCGCACGUGCAGAUGGUGGACAAACGAUACCUUCCCUCUCGGUGGGGAAAGACUUUUGCCAAGGUCAUAUUGCAACAUUCGCGUGUGGCCAAACACAUCCAUUGGCGCCAUAUGUCGAAACGCCUUCACUUUUGGUGCAAGGAACUCGUUUCUCCUUCUGGUGAGACCCACGGACCAUUGAUCACAGUGGGGCAAAUAGACAACGUGAAAGAACACCACGCAAAGGGCGACGUGGGUGAAGAGGCCCUCCUGUGCGUAGUGCUCUUGGAAGGAGCUCCGGAACCCCGAGAAUACCAUCCUUUCGUGGAAGCAUACGAAAGCAGUGCCGCCCAGGCCAAACUGGCGGAAGCUACAAGACGAGAGGAAAAAGAACGAGCAAAGACGAGCUGCAAAAAGGGUGUGAAGGAGUUGCUGGACACGUUGCGAGGCCGUAUGGACGAGCGAUGGAAAGAAUGCAUCUUCGAUCACGAGAUGGUUGACCAAUGGACCCGUGGAGGCAAGAGGAAGCAAUCCACCGUCAAAUUCCAUGUGGGUUUUGUGGAUGACCUGUUGAAGCCCUACGUAGCCGCCCCCAGCAUGGCCAAGAAGAAAAAGGUAGUUGCUGAUCUUGCCAGCGAAAUCAAUCAAAGGAUGGGUCAGGUCUGGACUCUUGGAAGAGGCCAAGCCGACGCGCAGCAAAGCGAAAACAACGCAGAGCCCAGCACGGCCCACCACGCAUAGAUCUGGUGAUCAGGGUUCGCGUGCCCCUUGUUGAUCGAACGGGACAUGACCAAAGCCCUUAUCCGGCGACGAGGUCAAAGCUCGCAGCCUUGGUGUUCGCACGCGAAACGCUGCUCCUAAUACCUAAUCUACACAGAAUUCGUACGAGCAGCUUUGUUCUCGUUAAUGUUUGGUUUUGUCGCAGCCCGAAAUUACACUGUAUCCAAUCAUCCCGCUAUGAUGGUUUGCUCAGGAUAAUUUGAUCUGGAAUUGUCGUUUAUAAUUGACGUUUACAAUUAAUUUAUCUUUGCUGCGGCUGUGCAUAAAGAAGGAUAACGCUGGAGGAUAUGAAACAAGCAUGAGACAUCCCCUGACGCCUCGCCCAGGACCUGGAGAGUCGUUCGAUCAAAUUCUUCUUCCUCGGUGUCAGUAAAGGCUUCUAGCUUUCUAAUUCCAAAUUGUCUGAG